UGUCAGCAGCGUCAAUCCCUGGGAGCCGGGAGUUUAAAACGGCAGCUCGGAGACAACGGAGAGGCAGGAGCAGACAAGAGGGAGCUUUUACUCCUUGAUCUUAGAACGGCUGCCUCUGUAGUCUUUUUUUAAAAUCUUUGAGAUUGUUUUGAGGUGAACUGCUUUGAACAUCCUGUCUCCCUCCAGCGGAUUUUAUUUUUCUCGAACUUGUAAGCCCCAUCCCUCCCCCGGGUCAUGUACCUACUGCCUGCGCUGCGCUGGGGCCGUGCGCUCCUCUCCUGCUUGGAGCUCCUGUGCAUCGCGGCGGCAAGGGACUCAGGUUCCCGCGGGCCCCCGCUGCUGCUCGAAGCCCAGGUUUGGGAGGACUCCCGUCCGGGCAGCCGAGUGGCUGGGUUCGAGCUGUGCGGACGGGGCUUGCGGGCAGCCGGGGCCGGGCUCCGCUGUGAGCUGUCCGGGGAAGCCCACUCGGAUUUCCGCCUGUCCCCUUCGCACGCCGCCUGCGGCUCCACGGUCCGGACAGCGGCUCCCCUGGACCGGGAGGUUCGCUCCACUUACCUGCUGAGGCUGAACUGCUCCUGGAGGAACGGGGUAAGCUCCGGCGCCCGCGGAGGGGUGCCGGCGGCUCUGGUUCGAGUGCGGGUCCGCGAUGUCAACGACAACAGACCGGUGUUCAGCCCGGGGCUCGCCCUGAGGCUGGAGGUGGACGAACUGACGGCCGUGGGCUCGGAGCUAGCCCGGGUCACCGCCACCGAUAACGAUGAAGGCAGCAACGCCGCAAUCGUCUACAGCCUGUCCCCGCCGGUCCCUCAGCUGUUUGUGGUGCCGGGCACUGGUCAGAUCCUGGUGGUAGACUCACUCCUGGGGGCACUGCCUCUCUGGCUGUCAGUGUACGCCCGGGAUAAGGGUGCGAACUCUCGGCUCAGCGAGCCCCUGACUGUACUGCUGCAGCAGGAGCUGGCUCCCGGGCUCAGGAGAGACACUCGCUCACCGUCACAGGAGAUGGUCCACUCGGUCACUGUGCCUGAGGGUGACAAGCUCGGCAAUGUCAUUUACACCAUCCCCGACUGGAAGUUCGAGAGGCGCUGGUUUGAAGUGAUCGCCCCGGACGAUGCCCCGGUCCAGAUCGAAAGGGACUCGGGCAGAGUUUAUUUAUCCAAGAGACUUCGCGGCACGGCGACGGUCCAGAUAACUGUCAAAGUGAGCAAUCAGAAAGGUGAAGACUGGUAUAUAUCCCAUUUGACAAUCAACGUGUUGAGGGAAUGUCUCCCAGAGUGGACUAUGCAGCCAUUCCCAUAUCUAACAGUGGUAUCUUCAGAUGCUCCUAAAGGUACACCUGUUUUCCAAAUUUCUGCACGGGGUGAUUCGGAUCACUCCACUGCUGGAAUGGAAUAUUUCUUAACAGAAGGUGGAGAAGAGAGAUUUGAAGUUGACAAGCAUUCAGGCAUCAUCAGGACAACUGGUUUAACUCUGCUCAGACACAAUGAAUAUGUUCUAACUGUGCUGGCUGUCAAUAAGCAGGGUAACAAAGGACCUCCUGCAACUAUUUUCGUUCUGGUUGGCUCCAGACCCCCACAGUUUACUAAUGUGUCCUACAGCAUCUUUGUUUCUGAGAAUACACCAGCAGGACAACCAUUGAUAAUUGUAGAAGCCAUUUCAUUCCAGAGGAAGCCUCUGUCAUAUUCAUUGCUGAUCAAUCCCAGCAGUCUGUUCCGUAUCAAUCAAGACAAUGGGGAACUGAGUCUGAUACACAGCAUUGAUUUUGAAAGUGAACACCACCUCUACCAUCUCCUGGUGCGGGUACUGGAAACUGGCACAGGGCUCAGCAGUGUCACCGAGGUAGUAAUUCAUAUCACUGAUGAAAAUGACUGUACACCUGAGUUCGUGCAAUCUAUCUACAGCCGUGACAACGUCCCUGAAAACAUUCCCAUUGGCACUUCUUUAUUGCAAGUGCUGGCACAGGAUUGUGACACAGGCCUCAAUGCAGAGAUUUCCUACUUCUCCCAGGGUGCAGAAUUUACCAUUACCCCUCAGGGAAUCAUCAGCCCAAAGCAACAAUUGGACUAUGAGCGACCCAACCACAUGUAUGAAUUUGUUGUUGCUGCUGUAGACAAAGGCCAUCUAGCUCGAACUGGAACUGCAUCAGUGAGGAUCAGGAUGACUAACAUCAAUGAUGAAGUCCCUGUAUUUUCGCAGAGCAUAUAUAAGACAUUCCUUUCUGAGGAUGCUGGACCUAACAGCUUAGUUGCUACAGUUCAUGCGAAGGAUCCUGAUGGUGACAGUGUUAUCUAUACAAUCACAGGUGGCAAUGAAGAUAACAAUUUUGAGCUUGACAAUCAGAAAGGUAUUAUCAAACUUCGUAGAAGCCCACUGCCAAAGCUUCAAGGACCCCAGUACGUUCUGAAUGUAACAGCAACAGAUGACAAUACCUCAGGAGGGUCCACAUCUCUCAGCAGCAUUGCUCAAGUCAUUGUGGGGAUUAAUGAUGUGAAUAACAAUAAACCUGUGUUUUCAGAGUGCAUUAAAUACAGUGAGGAUGCCUGUGUCUUGGAAAACCAGCCUCCUGGAACGUUUGUACUACAGGUCAGGGCCCAUGAUGCUGAUCUUGGUGUAAAUGGACAGGUGAAGUACGGACUCAUGAUUCGAGAUGGAGUUACUCCGGGAUUUCAUAUAAAUCCGGACACUGGAUCUAUUACCACAACGCAGAGCUUCGAUAGAGAGAAUCAACGAGAAUAUACUGUGUCAGUGACAGCGACGGACCAGGCUCAGGAGCCACUGAUUGGCAUUUGUCAGAUGAUCAUACUCAUAGCCGAUGAAAAUGAUAACGACCCAAAAUUUGAGAACAGUCGUUACCAAUACUACUUGCGUGAAGACACACCUGUUGGCACCAGCUUCCUGCGAGCAGCAGCUCAUGAUGAUGACCAUGGAACCAAUGCAGUCAUCACUUACUCGAUAUCCCGGCAGCAGCCAGAGUACUUCCAGAUCAGUCCCAGCACAGGGUGGAUUUAUGUCAACCACCCCAUUUCUCAGAUCGCUCAUAUCAGUCGUCAAAUAAUAGCAACUGACGGAGGCAAUCGAAGUAGCAGCGUAGAACUAACAGUUACUAUCACUAAUAUACAUAACCAGCCACCCCAGUGGGAGCAGGAAGAGUAUCAAAUAACAAUCCCAGAGAACACUACUCGUGACUUGAGGAUUGUGACUAUCAAGGCAACGUCUCCUCUUGGUGAUCCACGAGUUACAUACAACCUGGAAGAAGGCCAGGUUCCAGAAACAAAUAUGCCAAUCCGAUUCUACCUGAAACCCAAUCGUGCUGAUGGAUCUGCCUCAAUUUUAGUGGCAGAACCACUGGAUUUUGAGAUUACAAAAUUUUUCAUCCUUAGAGUCAGGGCUCAGAAUGUGGCUGCAGUUCCAUUAGCCUCCUUUACCACCAUCUUUGUCAACGUGACAGAUGUGAACGACAAUGUUCCUUUCUUUACCUCAUCCAUUUAUGAAGCCACGGUCCCUGAAGGUGCUGCAGUUGGUCUGUCUGUUGUGCAGGUUUCAGCAACUGAUCUGGAUUCAGGGCGCCAUGGCAAGAUCAAUUACGCUAUAGUGAAGGAUGUCAGUGGAGACUAUAAAUACUUCAGCAUUGAUUUUGAAACUGGACUAAUAUUCACACAAACAUCCUUUGACAGAGAGGUGAAAGGGUCCUACCUGAUAGAAGUUCAGUCUCAAGACAACUCUGAAUCUGCACGGCCUGGCAUGCAUGGGCAACCCAAUACAGAUACAGCGUAUGUGAGGAUUUUUGUCAGUGAUGUGAACGACAAUGCACCAGCCUUCCCACAGGAAACCUAUACAAUAAACGUAGAUGAGGAUAAGGACAUUGGCUUUGUUGUUAUCACUGUUUCUGCAAAUGAUGGAGAUGAAGGGGCAAAUGCUAAACUGAGAUAUCAGAUCACCUCAGGGAAUGUUAAAGGAAUGUUUGACGUGGAGCCAGAAGUUGGAACAAUCUUUAUAGCUCAACGGCUAAAUUAUGAACAAGAACAACAUUAUGAGCUGAGGCUUGUGGCUUCAGAUGGAAAGUGGGAAAACCAAACCUUAGUGAUUAUCAAUGUCAUCAACAAAAAUGAUGAGGCACCGAUUUUCACACAGAAUGAGUAUCACGACAAAAUUAUGGAAGAGCUUGUAGACCUUCCAGUUCUUGUCUUACAGGUUUCAGCUACUGAUCCAGACCAAGGGGCAGACCCGAGUGCCUUACGUUACUCCCUCCAUGGCCAGGGGGCUAACAGUGAAUUUACCAUUGAUGAGCUUAAUGGCAAAAUCUAUGCAAGAAAAAAAUUAGACCGCGAGGAACGAUCUAUCUGGCGCUUCCUGGUUCUUGCCACUGACGAAAAUGGUGAAGGACUCACUGGUUUUUCUGAUGUAAUUGUUGAGGUGCUCGAUGUAAAUGACAACCUGCCACUCUUUCUGUGUGCUUUUGACGGCUGCUUCAUCGGAUAUGUUUCAGAAAAUUCCCCAGCAGACACUUCUAUUAUGGAGAUGAUUGCGACAGAUUUAGAUGACCCCAAGACUGGGAAAAAUGCUGUUUUGACAUACAGAAUAAUCCAGAAUGUUCGAAAUGAAAUUAACCUCAACCUGUUCUCCAUCAACUCUUCCACCGGCACGGUAUACACUGUGUUGGGUUCUCUGGACAGAGAGAAAGUAAAUAAAUACCUAAUUGUGAUUGAAGCUCGAGAUGGAGGUGGAUUGACAGGGACAGGGACAGCCACCAUUUUGGUUACUGAUGUGAAUGAUCAUGCUCCAGUCUUCACACAAGAUCUCUUCAGAGCAAAGGUUUCUGAAAAUACUGAGAUCCACACCAAUAUUCUUGUUGUUUCUGCCUCUGACAUGGAUGAGGGAGAGAACGCCCUGAUGACCUUCAGUAUCAUGGAUGGCGAUGAAGAUCAUAAAUUUUUCAUUGAAACAAAUCAAGUCAAGAAAUUUGGCACAAUCAAAUUGAAGAAAAGACUGGAUUAUGAAAAGUCUCAUGAGAGGAGAUUCAAUUUAACUAUUAAAGCAGAAGACGUGGACUUUUACAGCUUAGCCACCUGUAUCAUUGAUGUGGAGGAUUACAAUGAUCAUACUCCAAUCUUCUUUCCACAGCUUUAUGAAGCUGAUCCACUGCUAGAAGAUGUCUUCAUCGGCACUAGAGUUGUCCAGGUAACGGCUGUCGAUUUGGAUUCUGCCCAGAAUGGAAAGUUUACCUACAACAUCACAAGAGAUUCAGAUCCACAUGGGCAGUUUUCUGUUGACAGCAACGGAUGGGUAACAAUAGCCAGAGCUCUGGAUCGUGAGUUAAUGCCACAGCAUCACCUUGUGGUGCUGGCCACUGACCUGGGAAGUCCAGCUCUAACUGGAAGUGCAGGUGUUGUUUUAACUGUGCUUGAUGUCAAUGACAACGGGCCAGAAUUUGAUGUCCUUUAUACACCGAUUGUCUGGGAAAACACAGCUGCACCCCAAGCAAUCCAAUUCAAUCAAACAUCAACAUUGAUGUACGCCAAAGACAAAGAUAGCCCAGUGAACGGAGCACCCUUCUCGUUCACUUUAUUAACUCAAGACAGCCAUUCUUCUGACUUCGCCUUGAAAGACUUUGGCAAUGGCAGCGCUGGCCUCACAGCACUCCGUAUGUUUGACAGAGAGGACCAAAAGAUCUUGUACCUGCCGCUGAUUAUUACUGACAGUGGAUUCCCACCCAUGAGCUCCACAAACACUUUAACCAUCACCAUUGGAGAUGUGAAUGAUCAUCCCCAUUCAGCUGGUUUUAUGGAAUUUCUGGUUUAUAAUUACAAUGGUUUACUUGGUGCCACUGAGCUGGGCAAGGUACAAGCGCCUGAUCUCGAUGACUGGGAUGAUAAAAGAUACAGAUUUGAAGGAACACCUCCAAAAAAUUUUGACCUCAAUGAAAAUUCUGGUUUCCUGAGUAUUAUUGAAGGCACACCCUCUGGAGUGUAUAACUUUCAGGUCAAAGUUGCAGAUGGCACCUGGCCAGAUGUAAUUUCAACAAUAAAAGUCGUUGUCAAAGAAUUGGAAGAAGAUGCCAUAUAUCAUGCUGGCUCGCUUAGACUGACUGAUACCACAGCAAAGGAGUUUAUCUCCCAGUCAGCUGCUGCAGAGAGCAAAUACACUAAACUAAGGAGAGUUUUAUCAGAAAUUCUGUCAGCACAGCUGGAUAACAUUCAUAUUUUCAGCGUCACGGAUGUGAAUGACCAAGUUAGAGAAGUAGAUAUUUGGUACGCGGCACAAGGGUCUCCAUUUUACAAGGCUGAGAAAAUGAACGGCAAUGUGGCAGCUUCUAAAACCAGGCUAGAGUUUAUUCUAAAUGUAAGUGUAUCCCAGAUUGCUGUGGACGCAUGUGUGAACGCAAACUGUGGCACCGCUCCCGGCUGUACAAGCAGCACCACCUUUAGCCCAAUUCCAACUCUGCUGAAUGCUGGAAACUUUUCCUUAGUUUCCAUAACAACAUCCACGACUGCUCAAUGUGUCUGUGAAGCUCGGGAAAAGAAGAGGUUGUCUUGUUCCUCAUAUCCAAUUAAUCCAUGUCUAAAUGGCGGCACUUGUGUUGAUACCGAUUUCGGCUUCAGGUGUGAAUGUAUUCCAAUGUUUGAUGGGCCAGAAUGUCAGCAGACAAAGUACACGUUUAAAAGUCAUGGUUACGCCUGGUUUCCUCCCAUCAAACCUUGUUUCAAGAGCCUAAUUUCACUCGAGUUCCUCACUGAAACUGCCAAUGGGCUUAUUCUCUAUGAUGGACCACUCUCUCAAGUGCAUUCUGGAGAGCUUGAAGACUUCAUUGCGUUAGAGCUUAGGAACGGAAUUCCUUCACUCAACAUUAGCCAUGGGUCAGGAUCUCUCCAUCUGCAGCUACCUUCAGGUAUCUUUGUUGCAGAUCGGCACUGGCACAGGCUGGAUGUAAUAAGUGAUGGAAAGAGAGUGAAAAUGAUCCUUGACCAUUGCGCUGGUGCUGCUGUGAAUGAGAAGGAAGGCAUUGGCAAAGGAUUGUCAGAAAUGGACCGUAAUGUCUGUGAAAUUUCAGGUGAAACUCCUGGAGAAGCAAGAUUUCUAAACAUUCUUCAACCCCUUCAGUUGGGUGGAAUCAAAGAGUCACUGUCAAACCGCAAUGACCAACUCAGUUUCCCUGGAUUCAUAGGGUGUAUAAGAAGUUUAAUUGUUGAUAGUAAGGUGUAUGACCUGGCCAAUCCUGCAGAAUUCCGAAACAGUGCCCCAGGCUGUGCAGUGACUGAUGGAGUUUGCCACAGCGCUGGGACAUUCUCUUGUGGCAUACAUGGCAAGUGUUUAGGAGAAUGGGGUUCUUUCAGUUGUGACUGCAAACCAGGCUACACCGGAUAUAAGUGCGACAAAGCUUUGCCUGAAUGGUCCUUUGAAAAGGACAGUCUGAUUCAGUACCAGCAGAAAGGAGCACUUAGCACGCGCAGAACACAAGUGCAGCUGAUGCUUCGUACCCGACAUCCUAACUGUUCACUCUUCAGCCUAGCAUCCAAGGACACCAGUGAAUACAUUACACUGGAGAUUAUUGGUGGAUAUUUUGGAAUCUGUGUCAAUCUUGGUGAUGGGGAACAUUCAUUAAAAUUGCAAACUAUGCGUGUUGACAACGGCCAGUGGUCCCUCCUAAACAUGGAUCGACAUGACAAUGAAUUUACGUUGCGCCUUAAUGAUGGAGGGGGGGUCCAUCAGGUGACAGCUUCUCUUGGCACCCACCGAGAAAUAAUCAUCAAUCCUGCAAGUCUGGUACUGGGCAAGAGCCUUCUGGAGCAUCCACCAAAUGAUUUCCAAGGCUGCAUGCGUGAUGUUCGAUUAAAUGGUCAUCUCUUACCAAUGGAUGGAACAAAUACAAUGUUAACUGCUACCCUAGAACGACAGAGUAUAACAGUUGGCUGCCACUCAGUUGCCUGUAGCAGCAGGCCCUGUUCUAUCCCUUUCUAUUGUGUGGAUUUAUGGAGAAAACAUGAGUGCAGGUGUCCAAUUGGUCAAGUGACAGUGAUUAGUAACGGAACAGGCCUUGAGCACUGUGCAAUGUCACCGUGUGGAGCAUGGACAUGUCGGAACGGGGGCACAUGCAUUGCUCAAACACUGGAUACGUUCAUCUGCCAUUGCAAAGAAGGUUACAAAGGACAGCAGUGUGAGAUAAGCAUGGUGACUUCAGGAAUUCCAACAGUGCUGAACAUCAACUUCAUCCUGGCUGUCAGCUCAUGCCUCCUCCUCUUACUAGUUCUGGUAAUUGGCUUCAGUAUAUGGGGCCUGUGUGGAAAAACCAAGUUCCAGAAAGGAGGAGUUUACCAUAUACCUGUUGAGCAUGAAAGCUGGGAAGAUGUACGGGAAAAUAUUCUGAAUUAUGAUGAGGAAGGUGGUGGAGAAGAAGACCAGGUAUGCAAGAAUGGCUAUGACAUCAGUGAGUUGAAGAAACCUCUGCGAGCAAGUCUCUCUCAAUCUUCAUCAAUAAUGACUGCUCCUUUGGUAAAGACCUCUCCUGAAUCACGAGAAGAGAAACCACUUAACCUGAAAACUCACUCAAACAUGAUCUUUUCUGAGACAAUUCAAUCCAAUACUCCAGACUUCAAAAACUAUGUGGCCCGGAUUAUUUGGGAUGCAGAUAAUGAUCUGAGAGCAAUUCCCGAGGACACGGUGCAUGUAUACUGCUUUGAAGGACGAGGCUCACUUGCAGGAAGCCUCAGCUCAAUGGACACCUCCAAUGUAGAUGAGGACUUGAAUUAUGACUACCUCAGAGACUGGGGCUCAAAGUUUGACAAAUUGAAAGAAUUUUGUUCCCAGAAACAGAGCAAUGGGGUAUAAUGGAAAAAGUGUUGUCUACAAUCACUGAGGUAUUUGAAAAUCCUACCCAAUCAUUGGAAAGAUCAUUUCAUGGUCUCCUUUGCAUAUUUUUGUUCAAAUAAUUAGAAAUAUUGAGGUCUGUAUAUAAGAGAUAAAGUGCAAGUUGUGCCUCUUCUCAAAUAGUCUAUGAAACAACAGUAUUCAUUGUGUUCUAAUCUGUUUGCAGCCAUUCAUCCUGGCAAUGAAGGAUUAUUUUGUUUCUGGAUACCGUACUUGUAUUAUUUUACAAGGGGCAUUCUGGUAGUUCCUGACAGUAAUAAUUAAACAAGAUGGCAUAUAAUGGCCAUGGAUUUUUAUCUUGCUGGCUCUAUUGGAGUAAAGGCUGUGGGAGACAGCAGCCAAAGAUCAUGCUCAGUCCUGCGUCAUCAAUGAUGAAUGUUCACAAGGCAACUGAUCUUCCAAAUGAUUUCUGACACGUAUUUUAUUCCUUUGAAAGGAAAGAAAUGUAAAAUGAUUGUUCCAGUAUUGGAAACUCAGAUGCCACUAAUUAUGUCAUUUAAAUUAUACCAAUCUUCCUGAUGAGCAUAAAUCCUAUUCCACAUCACGUUAGUAAGAGGAUGUUAUGUGAAAUGUGAAUAUCAUUUUUAGUGUUAACCACAACUCAUAAUCAAAUACUUUCUGAAAUUCACCAACUUCAAAUUGUGCUUUUAUACAUUUGAGACUGCUAUUCCUCAGAAAAUCAGUAUGAGCGCAAAUCAGUAAUGUCCUGUUUUGAAAAAUUAAGUUAUUUUUGUACUAUAUUUUCUUUGAGAUGACUAUGGUACUUUAAAUAUUCCUUUUAGGUGUAUUUAUUUUGUGCAUGUACGUUUUCUGUGUUGAACUGGAUUUUAUCGUAUUAUGAUUGUUUUGUUGCAACUGAUUAGUAAUGCAUGGUGCUCUGACAUACAAAACCAACCUGAAUAUUAGACUGUUACUGAGAUUUACUAAUGGGAAUGCAAAGCCUUACCAUGAUAAGUUUAAUUGUACUACGGCAUUGAAGGAAUAAUUCCACAGAUGUAAAAGCGGAUGCUGUAAUUCAUUUCUUAAAUGCAACAACUGGCCAAGUGAAUGACAGAGGAACCAUGGCAACAAAGAUAAUUUUUUAAAAGUAAUGAAUUAAGGAAAGGUUACUGCUGAAAGUGAAUUGGAACUAAUAUUUUGAGAACAAUGCAUGAUCCCUGAGUGUGACAGUAUAUUUUCAACUAAGGUUAGAAUAAACAAAAUUUAUAACUAUUUCCCUCUCUUUUCCUCUCAACUUCUGUGCAUUCCAUGUAUCAGGAACAGUAGACCCACUUCCUCCUCUCAGGCUUCUGCUAGUGUUACUCAGAACCCAUUCAUCACAAGAUUUCCAGCAUCUUCCAAUUGUCAUCACCUACUAUAUGGAGAUUGACCAGGUCUUAUCUGUUGCUUCCCUGUGACUGUAUUCGAGUGAGACAAAUGUCCUGUAAAUGUAUAGCUGCUUUCAGUCUUUCUGCAGCAAAUGUUUCAGAGGUACUCCAUCCAAAGUUAAAUAACUCUUAAAUCAAUACUAGCAUGAAAAAAUGAAAAUAAGUCAUCAUUCGUGUUUAAAAGAUUUUAAUAAAGUUUUAAUAAAUUUAGACAAUAAUUUAGUGAUUAUAUUAGUAGACUCAUAAUCCAGAGAGUGUUAAUUCAAAUUCUACGGUGGCAGUUUGAGAACUUGAAUACAGCUUACAAAGCUUGGAAUUGAAAAGCUGUUGUUGGCAAAAGUAACAAUAAAAUUGGCUGUAAGAUUGUAAGAAAUAGGAUCUGAGUAGGUGCUUUGGCCCAUCAAGCCUGCUCUGCCAUUUAACAAAUUCAGGUUGAUCUGACUGUGGCUUUAGGUUCACAUUCCUGUCACCACACCUACCAAAAUAUUUCUCUAACUCAGCCUUGAAUAUAUUCAACGACCCAGGCCCACUGCUCAAGAGAGAAGAGAAAUUCAAAGAUGAACAAUCCUUUGAAAGAAGAAGUUCCACCUCAACUCCAACUGAAACAGGAUUUACCAUAUUUUAAAACUGCAUCUUCUUGUUCCAGAUUCCCACGGUCUCUGCAUCUAGUCUGUCAUGUCAUCUUAAAAUAUUAGAUGUUACACUAGGUUCAUCUAUCAUUGUUCCAAAUUCCAAUAGUUAUAGGACAAAUCUGUCUAAUCUUUCCUCAGUGGACAACUCCUUCAUCCCAGGAACCAACCUCAUGAGCUUCCUCCAACAAAGGCACAUUCCUUCUUAAACAAGAAAAUCAAAACUCUACUUUGUGUCUGGUUUCACCAAUGCCCUGUUGAAGUGUCGCAAGACUUCCCUAUGUCUGACUUGUAAUAAAGGCAAACAUUCCAAUUGUCUUCCUGAUUAUUUAGUUUACUUACAGUAAUAUUUUCUGAUUCAUUUACAUGGACUACCACAUCCAUUUGUACUGUUGUAUUCUGCAGUCUCUUUGCAUUUGAAUAAUAUACCUCUUUUCUGUUCUAUUCUCUUCUAUGUGAGGUUAAUAAUUUCAACUUUUCCAUACUAUAUGGGGCGGCACGGUGGCUCAGUGGUUAGCACUGCAGCCUCACAGCACCAGGGACCCGGGUUCGAUUCCAGCCGCGGGUAACCGUCUGUGUGGAGUUUGCACAUUCUCCCUGUGUCUGUGUGGGUUUCCUCCGGCUGCUCCAGUUUCCUCCCACAGUCCAAAGAUGUGCAGGCUAGGUGGAU